GGCCCCUUGCCAUCUCUACACAGGACCGAUCUUUUGAUUUCAAGAGCCACAUAGAAAAAAGAUUGAUGGAGAGAGACGACAUGCCGAGAACACCACCACACCACCGUGGCUGUAGCCUGUAACUUCAUUCUACAGUCCGUACUACGCGACGCUUGCUACUGCUUGUAGAUGAAACAACUCGCUGUCCCCGACUCCUGACUGCUGCUGCGCAGAUAGAGGCCGUCGGCACUGAUCGAAACCUCAAAAAAUCCGUCCAGCUCCAAGAAACGUCGCAAGCAAGGACUGGUGAAAAAACAACAAGAAGAAAAAGAUGACGCGUUUGCAUGUGCUAUGCAUGAUGCGUCUGCACCUCGGUACGGAUCUCCUCACCUUGGUUGGUCCCUGUCUAUUCGGAGUUCCGGAGCGAGUAUUCCCUCGCAGGCAGCUGUCGUCCUGUGCGUGCAACAGCGGCAGCUACCAACAGCAGCGCGCACAGCUAGCUGCUUCCUCUUUACUCUGACUUGACAUGGGAACAAAGCCAGCCACCAGCCACACACGCAUAUCAUUCACUCAUGUACACCUUUCUUCCUCCUCUCUUCAUCUCCUAUCCCAAAUAUCUAUCUCAACCAUCUACAUGGCUUCAUCUCCUCCUUUGUUCCCGUCGUCCGAUCCAUUUGCUAUCUUAGCCUUAGCUAGCUAGCUAGGGUUUCUUGAGUCGCCUUGGCCUCAGCAGCUUCCUUCUUCGUCUGUCUUCUGAUUAUAUAUUAACACAGUAGAAAUAAAGAAGCUAGCUAUAGCCACGCCAUGGAUAGCUUCGGGGAUCUUGGCGGAGGUGGGAGCAGUUCCUCCAGAGCUGCUUCUGCUCCCUUCUUGCAGCUCCCGCUGCCGGCAUCAACGUCGUCAUCAGCACAACAACAACAGGUGUUUCCGCCGCCGGACGGGCCGCAGCAGCAGCACUAUCACCACAGCUCGCGCAUCCCGUUGCGACAGUUACUGUUACUGGCCGACCCGUCGUCGGCAGCGCAGCAUAGCCAUCGGAAGGCGGACAUGGCAACAGUGCAGGGAGAGAUGUCGUCGCCGGCGGCGGAUGGGGAUGCCGACGCCAUCAAGGCCAGGAUCAUGUCGCACCCCCAGUACUCGGCCCUCCUCGCCGCCUACUUGGACUGCCAAAAGGAACGAAAAUCCUCGCCUGGACUCAUGCGGGAAACUGGGAUGGAAAACAAAUAUCCCCGGCGUUCGUGUGAUCCGUACAAAAAAAUUCGUCGCUAGAACGGACAUGAGAGAAGCUAUUCCCCGACAGCCGACAGGCCCCUUGCCAUCUCUACACAGGACCGAUCUUUUGAUUUCAAGAGCCACAUAGAAAAAAGAUUGAUGGAGAGAGACGACAUGCCGAGAACACCACCACACCACCGUGGCUGUAGCCUGUAACUUCAUUCUACAGUCCGUACUACGCGACGCUUGCUACUGCUUGUAGAUGAAACAACUCGCUGUCCCCGAGUCACUCCUGACUGCUGCUGCCAGUGCCGGUCCUGAUAUUUUAGAGGCCCGGGACAAAACUUAUAUGAGAGGCCCUUUAAAAUAAUAAUUAUUACACUUAGAUAUAAUGUGUAUAUAUUAUCAAUAAAUAUUUAUGUAUAUCUGAAAAAGUUAUUUAUAUUAAAUAAAAAGUAAUUAAAAUAUAGCCAAACAUCUCGCAUAAAAAUGCCACAUAUAUAUGUGUCCAAAUAACUCAAAAGAAGGUUACCUCUAACAAUGAUUAAUGGAUGCACGUUGUUAAAUUAGUCGAUCAGGUCUUUAGUUUCGUUUUCACCGUGUAGAGCAGGACGAAAGCAUCACCGUACUGAUGCUCGUGCGCGGGCUACCAAGAGGAUAGGACAUGACCGCCUGUCUGUCUGCGACUAUGCGAGAGAUAGAAAUGAAACGACAAACAUCGUUGUCUCACUACACACUGAGAGCCUAGGCGGCUGGGCCUGAGACUAUGAAGUCAAGAUUAAUGGGCUACAAUAAAUUAUCCUUGCUUGUUGCUGCUGUGUUGUUGACUUAUGAUUAGACCUUUAAAAAAAUUCUAUAGAGCCAAUAUAUAGAUCUAUACACAAUAUGUUAUAUACUUGUAUAUAUGUACUGGUUUUUAGUAUCUAGGGUGAGGCCCCGUUAAUAUGGGGGCCCUGGUCGGGGGCACUGCUCGACCCCCGCCAGGGCCGGCACUGGCUGCUGCGCAGAUAGAGGCCGUCGGCACUGAUCGAAACCUCAAAAAAUCCGUCCAGCUCCAAGAAACGUCGCAAGCAAGGACUGGUGAAAAAACAACAAGAAGAAAAAGAUGACGCGUUUGCAUGUGCUAUGCAUGAUGCGUCUGCACCUCGGGUACGGAUCUCCUCACCUUGGUUGGUCCCUGUCUAUUCGGAGUUCCGGAGCGAGUAUUCCCUCGCAGGCAGCUGUCGUCCUGUGCGUGCAACAGCGGCAGCUACCAACAGCAGCGCGCACAGCUAGCUGCUUCCUCUUUACUCUGACUUGACAUGGGAACAAAGCCAGCCACCAGCCCACACACGCAUAUCAUUCACUCAUGUACACCUUUCUUCCUCCUCUCUUCAUCUCCUAUCCCAAAUAUCUAUCUCAACCAUCUACAUGGCUUUAUCUCCUCCUUAUUGUUCCAGUCGUCCGAUCCAUUUGCUAUCUUAGCCUUAGCUAGCUAGGGUUUCUUGAGUCGCCUUGGCCUCAGCAGCUUCCUACUUCGUCUGUCUUCUGAUUAUUAACACAGUAGAAAUAAAGAAGCUAGCUAUAGCGACGCCAUGGAUAGCUUCGGGGAUCUUGGCGGAGGUGGGAGCAGUUCCUCCAGAGCUGCUUCUGCUCCCUUCUUGCAGCUCCCGCUGCCGGCAUCAACGUCAUCAGCACAACAACAGGUGUUAUUUCCGCUGCCGGACGGGCCGCAGCAGCAGCACCAUCACCACAGCUCGCGCAUCCCGUUGCGACAGUUACUGUUACUGGCCGACCCGUCGUCGGCAGCGCAGCAUAGCGCUAGCCAUCGGACGAAGGACAUGGCAACAGUGCAGGGAGAGAUGUCGUCGCCGGCGGUGGAUGGGGAUGCCGACGCCAUCAAGGCCAGGAUCAUGUCGCACCCCCAGUACUCGGCCCUCCUCGCCGCCUACUUAGACUGCCAAAAGGUCGGCGCGCCGCCGGAUGUGUCGGAUAGGCUCUCGGCCAUGGCGGCGGCGAAUCUGGACGCGCAGCCGGGGCCAAUAAGCCGGCGGCGCGGCCCGACGACGACGCGAGCUGAUGACCCGGAGCUCGACCAGUUCAUGGAGGCUUACUGCAACAUGCUGGUGAAGUUCCACGAGGAGAUGGCGCGGCCGAUCCAGGAGGCAACGGAGUUCUUCAACAGCAUGGAGAGGCAGCUCGGCUCGACGAUCUCCGACAGUAACUGUGAGGUCGCCGGGUCGUCCGAGGAUGAGCAGGACGCGAGCUGGCCUGAGGAGAUCGAUCCCUGCGCCGAGGACAAGGAGCUCAAGCACCAGCUUCUGAGGAAGUACGGCGGCUACCUGGGCGGCCUUCGCCAGGAGUUCUCCAAGAGGAAGAAGAAAGGGAAGCUCCCCAAGGAGGCGAGGCAGAAGUUGCUGCACUGGUGGGAGCUGCACUACAAGUGGCCCUACCCUUCUGAGACGGAGAAGAUGGCGCUCGCAGAGACGACCGGGCUGGACCCGAAGCAGAUCAACAACUGGUUCAUCAACCAGCGGAAGCGGCACUGGAAGCCGGCGUCGGAGGACAUGCCGUUCGCGGUGAUGGAGGGCGGGUUCCACGUCGCGCAGGGCACCGCAGCGCUGUAUAUGGACAGGCCGGCGGUGCCGCCGUUCAUGGCGGACGGCGGGAUGUACCGGCUGGGGUCGUGAGGGCCGGCAUGCACGGUAAAAGCUAAGCACGUGUGCCAGCACGACGGUGAUUGUUGAGGUGUAGUAGUGAUUGAACUGAUUGCUCCUUCUCAUCCGUAAAUAUACAGUUUCGGGUUGACACGUUUUUCUCGAUCUGCAA